AGACACCCAGAAGACACUCAUUUACAAGUCAGCUUUUCAUUCAUUUGUACUGUAUUGUGCACGGCUGUGACUCUACUACGAUUUAAAGAUGAUAUCCUAUCAGGUUUUAAGGCGCAUGGGUCAUUUUGCAAUUACUAAACCGGUUUAUCAAGGCAGAAUGAUGUCAGCAUGUGGACUGAAGACCUCCACUGUCACUCACAGUGACAGACAACCAGAUCCAGGUAGAGCUGCAGCAUCAGUUGUGACUUACGAGCAGCUUAAAUCUAUGCUGGCCAGUCACAGUGUACAACUGUUUGAUGUCCGCAAUCCCGAUGAAUACCAGGCAGGCAGGAUUCCAGAUGCCACCAACAUUCCACUGCCACAACUUGAGAACUCACUGAAGCUCUCACCAAAGCAGUUUGAAUUGCAGUUUAAGGUCAAAGCCCCCCAAAAGAAAGAUGAUAACAUUGUUUUUCAUUGCCGAAGUGGGAAAAGAAGUUUGACGGCUCUUGAAAUCGCUCAUCGCCUGGGAUUUAUAAAGGCACGGCAUUAUGCAGGUGGAUACAUCGAUUGGGAAGCAAAUGAGAGAAGUAACAGUACUGACUGAGCUUUCAUCCAAACCGCAGAUGUAAUAUUGUAUAUUAAUAAUGUAAUGAUGUACAUGUAAUGACACGUGAAUAACAUACAAAUCUUAAAGGAAAAUCUUUAAAAUUAAUUUUUUUUAAAUACUCAUUAAAUGUAUGUGAACUAAAUAAAAUGCAGUACAGUUGAUCAGUGUUAGUCAUAUAAAUACAAUAAAAAUGCACAUGCACAUAUUGAAAUAUGUUUCAUACAGCUGGAUAAGUGUAUUUUGCUACCCCACCAACAUUUCAUUAUUACCACAAGGUGGCAGCAAUGGAAUUAGGAAAUAAAGGUCUAUGAAAGGCAAAUGUGCAUGGCCACAGGUGCUAAGAUGUUCAUGUUUAACCGGUGGCUGUUUGGAUGCGCUUGGCUGCACCUUGGUAAAUAGAUGUCAGAUUGAUACGCAACACAAAUCACAGAUGGCACAGUUUUCAUUUGACUGGUAUCAACAGACCAUCCCUGCACCAUUUUGGGGUCACAUUAUUUUACUGUCAUUCUUGUAAGGAGGACCGACUGGUAUUAUUCUGGAACUAGAGCAAAUGCAAGUGGCUCGAUUAGGACAUUCCGUAUGCAGCUCAAAGGUCAUGGCUUUGAUCCCUAUGGAAAACAUAGGUAGCCUACUGAUAAAAUGUAUAGUUUGAAUGCACUGAUAAUAAUGUACAAUUUGAAUGGACUGUCGGAUAGAAACGUCUGCUGAAGGCGUAAAUGUGUAUCAAUAUGGCUCUAGCUGUGGAAACAUGAAAUCUGUCUGUGACUGGGACGUUUUCUUUAUUGGAUGAUGAGGACAUAUUAUAAAUAC